AUGGAUCGUCCUCGGCGAGCCGCUGCCAAAAAGCCAACGGGUCACUAUGCCCCCACCUCUGGCAUACGAAAAAGCACGCCGAGGUCUGGUCCCCCGGUCCGGAAACCGCGCAGGAAGAAAGAUCAGUCUGAGGGAGAUGCAAUGAGCUUGGAUUCCACUCCUGCUGAUCCUUCUCAGAAACAAGGCAAAGUGAAGGGUCGGGCUGAGGGAGAUGCGAUGGACAUAAAUAUGCCUCCUCCAGCUCGGAAAGAUCCUAAAGGGAAGGGUCGGUCUGGGGGAGACCCUGCUCCUAUCGCCGCUGGUGCCAAGGGAAUUGAACCUAUUGGUGAAGUUUCACCUGAGGCUUUGGAUCCGGCUGCACUUGCAUUGGAUUUGAAAAAUUCCUAUGAGGGGAAAAUCCUACCACCGGUACAGCGGCCAGCACGACAGCAAAGAUGGAAACAGCCGGCAACGAAUCCAAUUGAAUACUUGGAGGAUGUGCCGACAGGGUGGGAUAGUGAAGAACCUGAUCUAGAUCCUGAUGAUUUGAAAUCCCAGAUUGCAAGAUGCCAGGAGCGGAUCGGUGAUAAUAUUAUGGUCCAUCAGUUUGAAUUCAAGCUUAAAGAGCUAUUGCGGGAGCAAGAAAAUCGCAAUGAGAUCAUGGCCCUUGAGAGACCUGGCUUGAGUUGGCCUGUUGCUCAGCGCUUGAAAACCCUCAAUUCCAUGUCAGAAUGGCUUGACAGCAAGGGUGACGAGUAUGAACUAGCUCCAAAUGUGACAAGCCUCAUAGCAGCAUACAGAUCGGGCCAAUUGAGGUGGAACGAUGGCCUUGUUACCUACUGGUCUAAAGGCGUUCAACUCUGUCAACCGAGGCCCUUUAAGUGGAAUGAAUAUAAGCUCAUCAGUGAUGAACAUCAUGGCCAGAAAGGCUUUUGGGUAGAAGGGUUUCAAGGACCCGGACCGAACCACCAAAUGAUGCAAUGGUUAACUCAACCAAACCCUUUGACUUCUUCAAGAUUUGCGGCCCACAUGGACAUAUGCUUGAAACUUCACGAUCUCCCACACCGGCGAACUAAGGCCAUUCGCCUCAGCUUCCUAGAUGAUACCGGGGCUAGUCUGAUGCAGAUAAAUAAAAGCGAUUUACGGAGUCUCGUGAAUAUGAAUAUCGACGACCAGGGAAAUCUUCCCCCUGAUCCAAAAGUGUUAGGGAUCGCGGGAUUAUCUUUCGCUAAUGGAGGAGAGGCAUUCCUCACUUGUGUACUACUCGAGGUUAACAUGUACGAUCUCACUACCAGUUCCUGGUUGUCAUCCGUAUGGCAUCAGGUUCCAGUCGUUCUUAUGGAUGACAGCACGAUUAAGCCGAAGCUCCGAUUGAAUGGUCCGUGGCCACGAUUCAGGAUGUAUUCAGCGACGGCUCCCGCUAGCGAGUGUCAGACCUAUUUUAGCGACAAUCACCCGACGGCAAUGAAUGUGCCCGUGGUAAGUGUGCUUGAUAUGAACAAGCAGUACCCAAUCCCUUCACUCCUCCCAGCUCUCCCACCUCUUCCAACCUUUCCACCAUAG